UGUAAGGUUAGAUGUAAUUGAAUUGUCCAAAGAGUUUCUCAAAAUGACCAUAAUAAAAUAUUUGCUGGCUCGGAGGAUGCUGAGAGCAAGAAGACAGAGAGAAUUCAGAACAAGGAUGAAGAACUUGAUGCUUGAAUACUUCUCUCUUCUAUUGAAAUAUAAGAUGAGGAGGAUCCGAACAGUAUGGGCAUAUUCCCGAAUGGACGCAGCAUGGGUAAGACUCCGUGAUGAAGCACCAGAGGCAGAAUUCAAGGACGCUUUCCGUAUGUCGCGCGAGUCAUUUUGGAAGCUUGUUGAGCUUCUCCGGGAGGACCUACAGCAUCAACCUAAUCUCAUCUCAACGCGUAUACCUGUACCUCCGGAAAAACAAGUUGCAUUGACAUUAUACAAAUUAGCAAGUUGCGCUGAGUACAGGGUAAUCGGGGAUGCCUUUGGCAUCCACAAGAGUACUCUUUGUCAACAUUUCCAUCGGGUCAUCAAAUGCAUAAAUGAGAAACUUGUGCCAAGACUUAUCCGGAUGCCAAAACAGGACGAAUGCAGGGAAUCUGCUCGAGAAUUCCAAAAUAUUUCUAGCUUGCCACAAAUUAUUGGCGUACUGGACAGAAGCCAUAUUCCGAUCUCAUCACCAGAAGAAGACAGAAAAGAUUUUUUAAAUAGUAGGGACUAUGCCUCUAUUAUCCUUCAGGCCACAGUCGACCACGACAAGAAGUUUAUUGACAUUAGCGUCAAACAUCCGGGAUCAUGCAAUGAUGCGUUCGUUUUUAAAAAUUCUUGCUUAUAUCUCCGGAAGGAAGAGCUAAUCCCGAGAAGCAAUUUUCACUGGAACGGGGUGAAUAUCCCGUAUUUGAUAAUAGGAGAUCCGGCUUAUCCACUGCUCCCAUGGCUGAUGAAAGAUUUUAAUGAACCCAAUCUGCCAGAAGAAAAAGAUCAAUUUAACAAACGCUUAAACAGGGCCAGAGUGUCUGUUGAGGCCGCAUUUGGACGACUAAAAGGUAGAUGGAGGAUUCUCCUAAAAAGGAGUGAAAUUGGGCACACUUUUAUGCCUGAAGUCGUGGCAGCUUGUUGCUCUCUGCACAAUUUCGUAGAGGAUGAAAAUGAAACUUUCCAUAUAAAUUGGAAUCUCACACCAGCCGACCUGGAGCAAUUGCCUCAGCCAAAAAAAUACAUGUGUCAGGAAAACGAUUCCUUGGAAGGAAGUAUCAUAAGAAAUACUUUGGUAAACUAUAAUAACCCGAAAGUUUAAUCCAUUUGAAAUCGUAAUCAUAAAAAUUCAAGGAUUGCAAUUAAAGCAAAUUAGAAU